AUGGAUGCUGAGGUUCAUAGCAAAAGGUCCGAUUUUAAAUAUAAGAUUGGGAAGGUCAAGCAGACCCCUCCCGUUUUGAAAGAUUCAAAGACCGGUCUUGAAUAUAUUGAAUUGAAAAGGCGGGAAGGCGAGCAAGUUUAUGGAGUAACUAAUUUUCAAGGUAACUAUAGGGAAGAUAAGAAAUUAGGUCAAGGUACUUUUGGUGAGGUUUAUAAAGGUAUUCAUUUAGGUACACAGAGACAAGUUGCGAUGAAGAAGAUUUUAGUCAAGGCGGAAACCGAGUUAUUUCCUAUAACGGCCCAACGUGAGAUAAGGAUACUGAAAUGUAUGAAUCAUAGAAAUAUUAUAAGGCUAAUAGAGAUGGUUUAUGAUCAUUCGCCGACGCAGAGUGCUUCUUCUCAUAGCCAGGAAUCGGCGCAAGGAAGUGGAAACGCCGAUGGAUCAAAAUCCUUUUAUAUGGUUUUACCGUAUAUGAUUGCUGAUCUCUCGGGGAUUUUGCAUAACCCAAGAAUCAAGCUUGAUAUGGGUGACAUAAAGAAUAUGAUGUUGCAGAUAUUCGAAGGAAUCAAUUAUAUCCACUGUAAGAAGUUUAUGCAUAGGGAUAUUAAGACAGCGAACAUAUUACUUGACCAUAAAGGGAUCUUGAAGAUAGCUGAUUUUGGAUUGGCUAGAAACUACUAUGGUCCCCCUCCCAACCUUAAGUACCCCGGAGGGGCUGGUGUGGAUGCGAAGUAUACUUCCAUUGUUGUCACAAGGUGGUACAGAGCACCGGAGUUAGUAUUGGGAGACAAAAAUUACACAACCGCAGUAGAUAUAUGGGGAAUUGGCUGUGUCUUUGCAGAGUUUUUUGAAAAGAAGCCCAUUUUGCAAGGCAAAAGUGAUAUCGACCAAGGUCACGUUAUAUUUCAACUAAUGGGGACACCAACUGAUGAUGACUGGUCAUUAGCGCGGUACCUUCCAGGUGCUGAGUUGACGAGGACUAACUAUCAACCGACUUACAGGGAAAGAUUCGGUAAGUACCUAAAUGAAACUGGACUAGAUUUGCUUUCGAGGUUAUUGGCAUUAGAUCCCUACAACCGUGUAACUGCAAUGAAGGCGAUGAAACAUCCAUUUUUCACAGAGGAGCCGCUUCCUAAGGCAGAGCUGAAACUCCCCUCGGAAGAAAGCCAUGAAACAGAUAUUCCACGAUAUAAAGAGGAGCUGCAUCAGGAGAUGACAAACCUUCCGCCAAAGGCGCCUUCAGGUCAUGUUGCUGAAUCAGUUCAACAACCACAAUCACAGGCAGAUCCAGUGCCGGCCCCACAAAAUUCACUACCUCCUAAACCUCGUGGCAUUCCGUCUGGUCCUAGAUAUAAUAGAGACGCGCCUGCCCAGGCAGCCAAACCGCCAAACAGACAACUUGGCCCUCCUAUUCACCAACAGAAUGCACAUGGUAACUUCUAUAGCACCUCAGGUGGCGGUUCGUAUGACCGGGAUCGGGACCAACGUUACUAUGAAUCAUAUCCAAACAACGCUUACCCAAGAAAAAACGACCGUUAUGGAGAUGACCCGCACUUUAAUGGAUACAGGUACAGAGCUAGGCCUUACCAGAGGCCAACCGAUUGGCGCAGUAAUCCCGAUUCGCGUUAUCAACAACGCCCACAUGGGUCCCAGCCGGGUCCGUACUAUAAAAAUACCAGACCACAUGCUUAUAAACCACAUGAAAGAAAUGGACAGCCAUACCACACUGAGCAUGCCUUCGGCGAGAACGCACAUCAUGGAGCUCUCCAAAUAAAACCUAACACUACAAGAACCAAUUCUUCCGCUGCUGCAUCCUCACUCUCAGGCCCGCCCUCCAUAUCCGCUUCCUCAGAACUUACCUCUUCCUCCUUCAAAGGCUCUCGAGGUCAAGAUGAAACAGGCCCCCCAAAUCUCCACAACCAACAGCCUUACGCGAACCCCAUAGAUGCACGUGAUGGCCGCGCCCACGAUCGAACUGAUCAACAGAUGGCCCCAGGCGGCCGCAAAUAUGUCCGUACGUCUUCUAACAGUAAUCCUAACGGCGAGACAGGGGGCACUACAGACCCUAAUAAUAACUCUCAACAGCGAAACAUCGUCGACUAUUACUAA